UUAUUUAUCUUUUUGGUGAAAAUUCUUUCUAUUUAUAUUCUGAGGUCUCUCUGGUUCUGUGUGGGCGUGUCGGGGGCAGAGCUGAAGAUGGGUGAUCAUUCAGUAACUGUAACUGACAAUAACAAUCAUCAAAGCACUGUAAUAGAAAUAUAUCCUCUGGGUAGUUAUUACUUUGGAUCCAAAGACCCUAUUGCUUUCAGGGAUGAGACUAUAGCUGACCGUGUCCAAAGAAUGAAAUCCAACUUUAGUGCUCGUGGACUGAGGACUUCUGUGCAAGCUGUUAUGCUGGUUGAGCUGUUUAAACAUCCCCAUCUUUUGCUAUUGCAAGUAAGAAAUGCUUUCUUUAAGCUACCUGGUGGUCGAUUAAGACCAGGUGAAUCAGAUAUUGAUGGAUUGCAACGUAAGCUAUCAAGAAUGCUUUCUGUGAAUGAAGAUGAAACUGAUCACUGGGAGGUGGGAGAUUGCCUUGGAAUGUGGUGGAGGUCUGACUUUGAAACCUUGUUGUAUCCGUACUUGCCCCCUAAUCUCAAAGUGCCUAAGGAAUGCACGAAACUCUACGUUGUAAAGUUACCAGCCAGUCGAAAGUUCAUUGUACCAAAGAACCUUAAACUGCUUGCAGUUCCUUUAUGCCAAGUUCAUGAAAAUCAUAAGACAUAUGGACCAGUAAUAUCAGGAGUUCCGCAGUUGCUAUCAAAAUUCUCCUUCAACAUCAACUAUUGAAGAAGGCUCGGUCACUGUGUUGCGGAUGCUAUGGGUUAAGUAUAGAGAAAAUAGUAUAAUGUUUACCUGGAAAUAAUUUUUGUCCCAGGAUAUGUACUUUUUUAGUGAAAUCUUGAACGGAUGUGUUGUUUUUACCAUACAUUUUACAAGCUGUAGCUGUUGAUGCUUUGUAAUGAAAACAUAUCAAGUUUUUGUGUUA